ACACGCCCAGUCCUCAACAGUUCCUCAGCCUAUAUAACAGCUGGUUUCCAGUGCAGACACACAACAAAGAAGGAUGAGGGCUUACACUGUAUGCGUUUUACUGAGCCUGGCAGUGGCAGCUUACUGUGUGCCAGUAGCAGAAGUUACUGUGCAGGAUGAAAUCUUGGCAGAGAGCUAUCUGAAGACAUUCUUCAACCUAACAGAGGAAAGAGGUCCAGCAUCCAGGCGGGGGAUCAGCCAGGUGACCAAGAAGCUGGCUGAGAUGCAGAGAUUCUUUGGUCUCCAGAUCACCGGGACGCUAGACGCUGACACGGUCUCCAUGAUGAAGAAGCCCCGCUGUGGCGUUCCAGACAGCAACAUCGCCCGUUUCUCCACGUUUGGAAGCAACCUCAAAUGGGAGAAAAACAGCCUUACCUACAGGAUUGAGAACUACACACCUGACAUGUCCAGGUCAGAGGUGGACCACUCCAUGGACAAAGCCCUGCAGGUUUGGGCCAAAGUCACUCCCUUGAGAUUUACGAGAAUCUACAGUGGCACCGCAGACAUCAUGAUCUCUUUCGGCCGCCAAUCUCAUGGAGAUUAUUACCCCUUUGACGGCCGUGAUGGCACUCUCGCUCACGCCUUCGCCCCGUCUCCUGGCAUCGGAGGGGAUGCUCAUUUUGAUGAUGAUGAGACCUUCACCUUCCGUUCCAACGCAGGUUACGUCCUCUUCUUGGUAGCCGCCCAUGAGUUUGGCCACUCCCUGGGCUUAUCUCACUCUGAUGACCCUGGUGCACUCAUGUACCCUAUGUACACAUACAGAAACCCUGACACCUUCGUUCUGCCCCGUGAUGAUGUCAACGGCAUCCAGUCUCUCUAUGGUCCAAAUCCUGAAAAGGAUCCUUCUGGAGAUAAGCCUACUGCCCCAACCACCCCUGAUGCCUGUGAUUCUACAAUGAUAUUAGAUGCUGUCACCACCCUGCGAGGAGAGAUGUUCUUCUUCAAAGACCGCUUCUUCUGGCGUAGCUACCCUCAGAGCAGGACACCUCAGCAAAGCCUCAUCAGAAACUUCUGGUCCAGUGCCCCUGUUAAAAUCGACGCUGCUUAUGAAAGCCGGCAAUCAGACAGAAUCUUUGUCUUUAAAGGUCGCAAAGUGUGGGCAUUCAGAGGCUAUGAUCUAGAGCGUGGCUAUCCCAAAAGACUUACCAGUAUUGGUCUGCCAAGACACGUGAAGAAAAUCGAUGCUGCCCUCUAUGACGUACAAUCCAGCAAAACUCUGUUCUUUUCAGGCAACUAUUACUACAGUUAUGAUGAUGCCAGGAAGACCAUGGACCCUGGAUUCCCCAAACGUGUUGAUCAGACCUUCUCCGGACUGAACAAGGUGACUGCAGCUUUCCAGUACAGAGGUUUCACGUACAUCUACAGCGGACCCUACAUGUUUGAGUACGACCUGAAGACCGGGAGGUUGUAUCGUGUGUUGAGGAACAGCUACUUCUUGCGCUGCACUAACUUCUAGCACAGUUUAUCAUCUGAGUUGUUAUAGUAACUCAUGUGAAUGAGACUCAAUGUACAACUAACAGUGUUACAGUGUUAUAAACAUUAUAUUUUGAAUAUUUAUCUUCUAUUUUACUCUCAAUAUUAUAAUUAAUAUAUUUAAGUCUAUAAAAUC